UUCUGAGUUUUCAACAUGCAGAACCAAAAUCAAUCUUGAUCAGUUUGAUCUUCUUCGUCCUUUUCUUCAUUCGAAUUUCCUCUUUUCUGCUGUUUACGUAAUCGCUGACGAUUUCUUCACCAAUUGGUCCAAUCGUAUACACCAACCUCACUUAUAAAAGAUACCUUACAUUCUUCACCAAUCACUCAACACUCUCAAUACAGCCAUGGCUACCGAAAACGUGAACGAUGUUCUUCCCCCAAUUUUGGAUUCCUCGUCUGAACCGCCUUCAAUAUUUGAUGGAACUACUAGGCUUUACCUCAAUUACCAGUGUCCAUUUGCUCAACGUGUGUGGAUCGCGAGGAACUAUAAGGGAUUGCAAGAUAAAAUCAAAUUAGUUCCUAUUGAUCUUCAGAAUCGUCCAGCUUGGUACAAGGAGAAGGUUUAUCCAGAAAACAAGGUUCCGGCCCUGGAACACAAUGGUAAGAUUACUGGAGAAAGCCUUGACCUACUUAGGUAUUUGGAAAGUAACUUUGAAGGACCAGCUCUUUUACCUGAUGAUCCUGUCAAGCUUGAGUUUGCUGAAGAGCUGUUGACUUAUACUGACACAACAAAUAGAAUUGUGUAUACUUCUUUCAAGGGAGGCCCAACAGAUGAACUUGGAGGUGUUUUCGAUCAUUUGGAGAAAGCUCUCCAUAAAUUUGAUGAUGGUCCCUUCUUUCUUGGCCAAUUCAGUCUGGUGGAUAUCGCUUACAUUCCAUUUAUCGAAAGGUUCCAGGUCUACUUACAAGAGGUGUUUAACUAUGACAUCACUUCAGGCCAUCCUAAAUUGACAGCAUGGAUUGAGGAAUUGAACAAGCUUGAGGCCUACAAACCAACAAAAGGUGACCCCGAAAAGUAUAUUUCAGCUUACAAGGCGCGUUUCACGCAGGUUCAAAAGUGAAAGAAAACGAGACAUUCACAAUCAUGACUUCACUUCAACUUAUGGGAGGUUCCUUUUUAGUGGGAAAUAAAAUGGUUCUACUUGUUUACUUAUUAUACUGAAAUAAUGCAGUAGAAACAGCAAUGUGAGUUCUGGUCAGAUUUGUAAAACAAAAAAUUGGAGUAAUUUGGAGUUGUUUAUUCAAUAAUAUGGUGUUUUCAUCUGAAAUGGUGUUCUUUUGUGGUGAAAAAGAUUGAUUUUCUGCA